UCAUUGACUCACUGAGGAGGGUGCCAAGAUGAGAGGCCUUUGGGUGCUGCUGGCGCUAGUGACUGCGGCCAAAGCCGAGCGUGUCUUCAGUGGAGAUCAUGUCAUCCGGGUCAAUGUGCAGUCAGAGGGUCAGAUCCAACUCCUGCAGGCCCUGGAGGCGGAACAGGAGCUGGACUUCUGGCUCCAUCCGGUCUCUACCGAGCUCCCUGUGGACAUCCGAGUGCCUCGCUCCAGUCUGAGUGCUGUCAGGGAAUACCUGGACGCCCACGGCAUUCCCUUCACCGUCAUGAUUGACAACCUUCAGGAUCUUCUGGAUGCGGAGAAAGCUGAGAUGGAGGAGAACGAGAUGAAGGAGCGCAGCAGCAGAAACUUCAACUUUGGGGCCUAUCAUCGCCUGGAGACUAUCUACAGCUGGAUGGACACACUGGUGUCUCAGUACCCUACACUGGUGACAAAGGAACUGAUCGGGCGGUCCUAUGAGAACAGGCCUAUGUAUGUGCUCAAGUUUAGUACCGGAGGCACCAAGCGUCCCUCCAUCUGGAUUGACACGGGCAUCCACUCCAGAGAGUGGGUGUCUCAGGCUACUGGUGUGUGGACCGCCAACAAGAUUGCCUCGGUUUAUGGUACAGACGCCUCUCUGACGUCCCUGCUGGAUACGAUGGAUAUUUACAUGCUGAUCCUGGCCAAUCCUGAUGGCUACGUGUACAGCCACACCAAUGACAGAAUGUGGCGCAAAACCCGAUCAAAGAACCCAAGUUCUAGGUGCCGGGGAGUGGACCCUAACAGGAACUGGGAUGCAGGCUUUGGUGGUCCCGGGGCAAGCAGGAACCCCUGCUCGGACUCCUACCACGGGCCCUCUGCCCACUCUGAGGUGGAGGUGAAGAACGUAGUGAACCUGAUCAAGAGCCACGGAAACUUCAAGUCCUUCAUCUCUGUGCACGCCUAUUCCCAGCUGCUUAUGUACCCUUAUGGGCACUCCUGCAGCCACAUUCCUCAUCACAACGAGCUAGACUCCCUGGGCAGAGCUGCAGUGCAAAAACUGACUUCUCUUCACGGCACCAGGUACAAGGUCGGAAGCAUCUGUAAAAUCAUCUAUCAAGCCAGCGGCGGCAGCAUCGACUGGUCCUACAACCUGGGCAUCAAGUACUCCUUCGCCUUCGAGCUGAGGGACACCGGUCGCUAUGGUUUCCUCCUGCCAGCCAAUCAGAUCAUCCCCACCGCCUCCGAGACAUGGCUGGCCCUCAAGCACAUCAUGGAAUACGUCCGCGACCAUCCUUACUGACACGGUCACCCAACAUGUCAAAGUUGAUGACUUUUUUGUGUCUUUGCACAGCAGAAAUUUGGCCUUUUUUGCUUUCAUUUCAGUAAUAAAAAAACACACUUUACAUGGCA